AUGAUUGGAGUACAGACUGCUUUGAUUCUUUUUACUACAAUAGCUCUGAUUCAAAGCACAGAGGCUGCCCACCAGAUCCCUUUGAUUGAAGUUGAAGUUGGUAAAAAUGUUACUUUGCAGUGUCCGGUUACAGAGAAGGACGGCAAAUUUGUUCACUGGUUUAAGCAAUCCCCAGGAUAUAUGAUCCAGACAGUUGCUACAGGAUCUUACACAAAACAAACACUGAGUGAAGAAUUUAACAACGGUCGUUUCUCAGUAUCAGAGGGGCAGACUCUGUAUUUUCUUUCCAUGAGAAAUGUCCAAAAAGAGGAUGAAGCAACAUAUUUCUGUCAGUAUGGAUCAGCUUAUUCACAGACCUUUAAUACAAGCGUCUACUUGGCUGUAAAUGGUCACAGUGAGCAGAAAUCAGUUUACGUGAAACAAACUCCGGAGGCAGUGUCAGUCCACCCAGGCAGCUCCGUGACUCUCCAGUGUUCACUUUUCUCCAAUAACAACGAGAACAGAAGCGAGUGCCCAGAUGAACACAGAGUGUACUGGUUCAGAGCAGGAUCAGGACAAUCCCACGCCACGAUUAUUUACACUCACAGAAACUACAGUCAAAAACAAGAGGGACGGCGUUGUGUCCACAGUCUGUCCAAAACUAUUCAGAACUCCUCUGAUGCUGGGAUCUACUACUGUGCAGUGGUCACAUGUGGAGAGAUCGUGUUUGGUGAAGGAACUCAAGUGGAGACAAAAGCAAAACUUGACCCGGUUGUCCUUGCACUAGGUGUGUUAUUGGCCUUUAGUGUGACUGUGAAUAUCAUCUUUGUAUUCUGCAAAAGUCAGAGAGGGUUUAAAAAUGGCAAAGCCUAG